AUGAGGAUGCCGUACCCGCUCCCCGCGCUGCUGUGCCUGUCGGUGCUGCCGGGGCCUGGCGAUGAAGUCAUUGUAUUGUCUGUCCCUGAAGUGGUUUCGUUAGAAAAUGGAAGUUCAACAAACGUCACCAUCUCUCUGAGGGCUCCAUUAAAUAAGACACUGGUGAUAACUCUUAACAUUACACACUCAUCAAAACACAGCACUAUUGUUGAACUGCCUGAUGAAGUACAAUUGCCUGCUGGUCACAUCAAAACAGACUUCCAAGUGAAAGCGGAUGAUGUUGGACAAGUAACAGUUUAUCUUUAUACCAUUAAUUCCAAUUUAACCGGACCUAGGAUACAAUUUCAAGUGAUCCACAGCAUCAUAGUGAGAUACGCUGAUGAAGUGAUUGGCUGGAUAUAUUUCCUCGCUUGGUCCAUCUCCUUUUAUCCUCAACUCUUUGAGAACUGGCGACGAAAAAGUGUUGUCGGAUUAAGCUUUGACUUUCUAGCCUUAAACCUUACUGGCUUUAUAGCAUACAGUGUGUUUAACGUUGGACUCUUCUGGAUUCCCUUGAUUAAGGAGGAAUUCUUAGUCAGUUAUCCCAGUGGGGUGAACCCUGUGGCUAUCAAUGAUGUUUUCUUCAGCCUCCACGCCGUAGUCCUGACUCUGCUCACCAUCAUACAGUGCUGCAUCUACGAGAGAGCAGGUCAGAAAGUAUCCAAAGUUGUUGUUGGACUACUGACACUUGCAUGGAUCUUCACAUUUACAACACUGUUUCUUGCGGCAGCUGAGGAAAUGACAUGGCUACAGUUCUUAUUCUGCUUCUCUUACAUCAAGUUAGCAGUCACAUUGAUAAAAUAUUUUCCACAGGCAUACAUGAAUUUCCGUCGGAAGAGUACUGACGGGUGGAGCAUUGGAAAUGUGUUACUAGACUUCACUGGUGGAAGCUUCAGCCUUCUCCAGAUGUUUUUGCAAUCAUACAACAACGAUCAGUGGCAGUUAAUCUUUGGAGAUCCAACCAAGUUUGGCCUGGGUGUCUUCUCCAUCAUCUUUGAUAUUGUUUUUAUGGUCCAGCACUACUGCCUUUACAGGAGACGAGGGUAUGAACCUUGUGAAUAACAUCACUCGUGAAGACAAAAACACUAAAUUGAACUUGCUCCCUGGCUGAGGGAUUU